ACCCAACCAUAUAUAUAGGCUUAAAUGUUACAAUUAAGAAUUUAAGUCCCUUCUUCUUAUCACUUCCUCUACACAGCUGUCCUUUCAGCAGCUUUCUUCUAGGGGAGAGAGAUCGAGAGAUUUUGUAUCUAAUCAAAAACAACGAUGCAGGUCGCUUUCCCUUCUUCGCCGCCGUCUAAAUCCAUCGACGAUGAACGCUUAACGGAGAUGUCCAUGAUGUUGAGCGAGGAUUUCACCAAGAAGCUGGGGUUUUCAGAAGAGGGUGAAGACAUUCGAAAACUCGAGAGAUCUUGGAGUAAACUCGAAGAUUCCGUCGAGUUCCACGAGGAAGAGGAAGCAGGAGAUGAAGAAGAAGAGGAGUUCUCCUUCGCUUGUGUAAACGCAGAAGGAUCUCCGAUAACCGCCGAAGAAGCUUUCGAAGAUGGUCAGAUCCGUCCUGCCUUCCCUCUCUUCAACCGCGCUCUCCUCUUCGACCAAAACGACGCCGUUUCAGAGACCUACGAAGACAGCGAGAGUAUCCGACCGCGUCUUAGAAAGGUAUUCGUGGAGGAUCGCGACGGAGACGGCGAGGGUAAGAAGGCAGAGGAGGGUUCGUUGGGAGCGUACUGUUCGUGGUCGGGUGGAACGGUGGCGGAAGCGUCGCCGGAGACUUGCCGGAAGAGCAACUCGACGGGAUUCUCGAAGCUCUGGAGAUUUAGGGAUCUCGUGUUGAGAAGCAACAGCGACGGAAGAGACGCGUUUGUUUUCCUGAACAACAGUAACGCCGCCGUCGGUGACAAGACCCAGUCAUCGUCUUCUUCUUCAAGGGCGGCAAAAUUGACCAGCGAAGAUGAUAAGGAGGAGAAAAAGUCAACAAAGGCUAAAAAAGGGAAAGAGAAAGAGAAAACGACGUCGUCGGAGAAGAGGACUAAAUCAGCGCACGAGAAACUCUACAUGAGAAACAGAGCGUUGAAGGAAGAAGUGAAACACAGAUCCUAUCUUCCGUACAAGCAAGUUGGGUUCUUUACUAAUGUGAAUGGCCUUAGCAGAAACAUCCAUCCUUUCUGACAAAUUUGGUCAGAAUAAUAUUUUUCUUUAAAAAAUAAUUAUAACUUCAAAAUUUUAGGUUUGUUGGAUGUUUCUUUUUUUGUUUGAUUGGUAAACAAAUGAAAUUACUCUUCUCAUGGGUCCCUUCUGUUUGGUAGCUUGGUUUAAUUCAUAGCAGAAAGGUGUACCGUUUUCUCUUCACUAUUAUAAAUGUACUGUGAAGAAGAGCUUGGCUUUGUAUUAAACCAUUUUGUAAGUAAAUAAAUAUGUAAUUAGUUAUACUUGGUUAGUUAUUUGCAUAUGUUUU